ACAGACGCCCGCUCACUCGUUCGGGUAGAUAUAUAAAUCGGAAUACGACACGAUAACGCACAUUUUACCACUAGUAGAGAUAGUUAACUGUUAACUUUUUAGUGUUAGUGUACAAGUGUCGAAUAGUUGUGCAAUAUUUAUUCAUUCCUUUAAAAAGCGUUCAGUGUUUUUGAGUUUAAUAAAUCGUUGAUACAUUAAACGUCUAGUGCAUUGAGCAAAUCAAUCUUUGCUUUAACGUUUGCUAUAUUAUUUUGGGAGUGUUGUGUGUUAUAUGGUGGAAAAACAUUGUUCUUACCAUACAUUUAUUAGCGGACAUAUCGCAAACAAAUCUGGGAUGCCAACCGUUAUGUUUUGGAACCCGAUGAACGACCGGCUGUCACCGAACAUGCACACGGGCGGUCCCCAAUUCCUUGAGACCCUAGAGGACGUCUCCAAUGAUUCGACUGUCACUCGUGUAAAACAGAAAGUUAAGAGUCACGUGCUCAAAGAACGCCGGAAACGUGGUCUUUCUGAUGUAGAAAUAGACGAGGAAAGGCCGAGAGUAAAACAGGAGCUCAACCCCCACGAGCUUGAAAAAAGAGAGCGCCGUAAGGCCCAGAAUCGACGAGCGGCCGAGAAAUGCCGGAAAAAAAAGCAACUUGAGAACCAGGAACUGGCAAAAAGUUAUGAUGAAGAAAUAAAAAAAAACAAGGCCUUGAUUGAGGAAAACCACUGUCUGAAGCAGGAGAAGGCACAGCUGGAGCGGACCCUUGAAGAGCACCAAUUCACGUGCCAACUGUGCGUCAACCAGUCCCCCAACAACACGCCAGGAUUCGAGAACCAGAUGCACUUCAGUUUCGACGGAUUGGCAUGCAACAACGGGUACCCUGUCUUUGAGCAACUCGGCAUCCCGCGCGACACCACCACCCCAUUUCAAAGAGAGGAACCCGAGCCGGAUGUUUUUACAACUGAACUAUACCCGUCCUUCUUUGGCGUCGAAUAUAUCAAACCGGAAGUUAAUUGUAACGCUCCGUCAUGCGCUGCGGAACCCCUGUUGUCACUUCCGGAUCUUGGUGAUAUUGUGGACAUUCUUAACCCGUUGAGUCCGGAGCAGUUCAGUCAUCUGGGAAGGCAGUCUAUCAGCGAUUGACAAGAAGCGAAGGUCGGAUGUGGACUUUUUUUGAAAAGUUAGGGGAUUGGACGGUGCUGUUAUGUCGCUUUCAUAGACGAUAAAGACGAUGUGUUUAAAGUCUUUUGGAAAUUGGAUCUGUAAAAAUGUGAUAUUUCUUUAACCUAAAAUGCUUUUCCUGAAAAACUAAGUCGUCUUUUAUUAAUUGUAUAGCAACAUCCGUACAACAAGGUUGUACUUUAAUAUUAAGUUUUCAAUACGUUAAUGAUCUUUAAUAAUAUAUCUGAACAUGUGUAUUGUCAUUUCAAUGUUCCAUUCAUCAUUGUUUCGUUUAUUGGUGCAUUUUAUUAAAUGUUUACAACUUUGAAAAUGCUGCAGGGAAAAUAUUUCAAAUAUCGUCAAUGCUAGUGUUCCAGUUCUCUCCGUCGGACCCGCGCGUAGUCUGUUUGCACGUGCGCAGCUAGUGUUUUAUGUGUGUUCACGUGUGCGAGUUCGUGCGAACGUGCGUGCGUGUCAAGGCUCGCGAGAACUUAUCAGUUUUCAAAGUGAUCUCAUAAAUAUGUUUGUUUCAAUACUUACGUUUCAUUUUUGUGAUUAGAUUUUCAUCAUUGUUAUUGAUUGUAUAAUUAUGAUUGUAUUACAUUUUGUAAAUAUGAAAA